CGCCACUGAUCGCACCGUCUUGUAGAUUUCUCAGCGACUCUCGUGUUGAGGAAGCAGGAAGCGACGAAAACACAGCCGUCCCACCAAUGCUGAUGAAGCCCGCCGACGGCCCAGAGACAGAUCGGUGUUUGUGUGGAGGAUCCUUGUCGGGCCACUCAACACUCACUUCACCCCCUGAUGUUCUCUGACUCUCCAGAGGUUUUCUCAAACUACACCUCAAUGUGUAAGGGGCUCUCCUCCCUGCCCUCCUCAUGCCUGGAGAAGGCAAAAGGGAUGCGGGUGAAGUUAAGCCAUCUGGCGGAGACGCACCACAAGCACAAGAUUCAGGAUGGAAAAGCUUUUCAGGACCUGGAAACUCUGCUAAACACUAAAAGUGGUCUGCAGGUGUUUCGUGGGUUCCUGCGUUCAGAGUUCAGCGAGGAGAACCUCAUGUUCUGGCUGGCCUGUGAGGAGUACAGGCUUUCUCCUUCAAAGACCAAGGCCAGCAACAUCUACAACCAGUUUAUCAACCCUGAUGCCCCUCAGGAGGUGAACCUGGACGCUGAGACCCGGGAGGCUCUGCUGAAUGUGAUGGAUUCCCUGUGUGCUGACUCUUUCAACAAAGCACAGCAGAGGAUCUACAGUCUGAUGGCCAAAGACUCUUUCCCCAGGUUCCUGCGUUCCACUUACUGCAUGGAGGCCAUUAAGUCUUUCUAAACAUACGCCAAUAUAUUACCACAGACCUGCUUUAAAAGUAAGCGCUGAUGAAUCUGUGCUUGACACGUUGAUUGUACUUUACCAGCUAUCUUAACGAGUAGCUUGUUUCGUGAUUGUUUUGUUUUGUACGUGGUAGUGCGUUGUGCUAUGCAUGCAUGCUGUUAUUACAAGUUGUAGACAUAGCUAAAAGGUCCAACAUAGAAACCUCAAGUAUGAAGCUUAAAUGUAUGUAGCUGUAACUAUGCUGUGCCUCUGGGCUGCAUAAGCUACAAGUGACAUCCACAAAGGAUUAAAAUAAAUACCUCACCAAA